AAGAACAAGAACAAGCACCACCAACAACAACAAGAACAUCAACUGCGUCAAGUGCGACGAUGGCUGCCAUAAAUACGGUACCUAAGAGCAUACACCUGCCAUUGACGAAUCUCAGCGCACCGCGCGUGCUGAUGUGCAGCGCAUCUGUCGGCAGCGAGGGUUCCGUAACACUGCAACUAAGAGAUGCGAAUGCCUUGGAGGCAGCCGACAGCACGACAACAGCAACAACAGCACCAGCAACAACAAUAGCAACCAAUGCAAUAUCAACAUCGUCAUUAGGCACCCAAGCGAAUGGCGUCACAGUGCUUGAAACGUUCUCGGCAUCGUCAGGAAUAACGUCAGCAUUGGAGAAUGCGCUGACCAUUGGCUAUCCGGAUCCGGACAUGUUAGCAGAUGUCUUGGGCACCAUACAGACCGCCUCAUUUAAAAACAAACAAACUAGCAGCAAUACUAACAUCUAUAGCAACAACAGUAAGCGAAGUAGCUACAUCAAUGGUAGCAGCAGAAGAAACAGCAGCACUUCAACAACAAUUCUGAACAACACCCUAGCAACAACGAGCUCUGGAGUUCAUCUGGCCGGUCCAAAUAAAAUAACGAUAACGCGACGCAGUGCCAGCAAUAAGAUCAGCGUGCAAACUGUUAGCGCUUCCACAAAUACAACCAUUAGCAGCAUUGGCGGCAGCAAGACCAACUACAUAAAGAACUGUCUGAUACGGAGCAGCAGCUGCAGCAACACGGCCACCAAUGUCACGACGCUGGCGCAGAUUAUGAGCAACAGCAGCACCAGCAGCGCAGCCAGUUUACUCAGUCAGCACAAUAAUAAUAGCAACUGCAGCAACAGCAGCAACUUCAGCAACGCCUCAUCCGUGGGCAGCAGCAUUAGCAUUGGCAGCAGCAGCAGCAGCAACAGCAGCAGUAACGACAGCAACAGCAGCAGCGGUCACAGUUUGAGCUUCAAGAGCAACGGUCGAAAUGUUCCUGGUAUUGUAACUGCAGCAGCAUCCACGAACACCACAGGCACCGGCAUUGGCAUUAUUACCGUCGAUAACGCACCCAGAAAGAGCCGACCCAAACUAUCCUCGCCGACUCGUCACGGACCCCAGCAGUGUCAGAUUUGUAGCAAGAUCUUUGGAAAUGCUUCGGCACUGGCCAAGCACAAACUGACGCACAGCGACGAGCGGAAAUAUAUUUGCGCGCUCUGCUCGAAGGCAUUCAAGCGGCAAGAUCACUUAAACGGACACAUGAUGACGCAUCGCAACAAGAAGCCUUACGAGUGUAAGGCAGAUGGCUGCGGCAAAUCAUAUUGCGAUGCGCGUUCUCUUCGCCGUCAUUCAGAGAAUCACCACGGAGGCGUGGCAACGCUCAAUAACAACUCACUCUCGCCCACAGCUAGCUCAAACUGCGGCAGCGGAAGCAGCAGCAGCAGCAGCAGUAGUGUGGGUGUGACCACCAGCUCACUAAGUCUUUCACCGGCUACAGCUAGUGGGGACGCCAGCUCGCCAGAUGGGGCCACUUGCAUUCGUACCUACAUUUCCACAGGCAGCUCUGUGGUGGAUGCUGCCACUGGCAUUGCGCUGUCCGAUGAACAGAUCAAGGCUAUGAAUUUGCCAAUUAAAACGGGAGUCACAUUGCUGUCGCCUACCACUUCGACAUCCUCAAUAGCAUCGUCGACAACAUCAUCAUCUUGCUCAACAUCUGGCGGUAGCGGCAGCUCCGUUCUGACUAGUUCGCCCACAAUUACGCUUAGUGAUGGCGCAACCUUAGAGGGCGAUGGACUAACGCGCGAGCAACUCGAUCUCAUAAGCAAGAUCAUGCAACAGACUAAGCAAACCAGUGCCCAAGUGACGGUCUCUUCGCCCAACAGCGUCAGCUCCUAUAAGAUCAAUACAGAGACGGCACCAGUCUCGGCACGUCCACGCACGUGGAACAUGCAAUUGCUCAAUAAUGCGCAAAAUGUCACCGUUACCGUGGAGGAUGGUACAGAUAUGGUUGCCUCCGCUUCAAGUUCACCUGACGAGGUCAAGGACGAUGAAUUGAACCAGCAGCUAGUGGCCGCUAUUAAUCCCCACCUGCUCAAUAUUGUUAAGAUUGACAAGCCGGUUGAGUGCAAUCUAUGUCACCGCAAGUUCAAAAAUAUACCCGCUCUCAAUGGGCACAUGCGUCUGCAUGGCGGUUACUUUAAAAAGGAUCCGGAAACCAAGCGCAGCGAGAAAAAGGACUCCAGCGGACCGCCCUUGCAGACUGCGAGCAUAGGUGUGCGUGCCCUUAUCGAGGAGAAGAUCAUUAGUAAGCGCAAGGACAUCAAUAAGGGCGCCUUCGUUGUGCCUGCUCCACCCAGCAGCACCGCAAACAACGGAGGUGUUGGCAGCUGUAGCAACAACAGCAACAGUCUGCGCCGCUCCUUAAGCGACUUAGAGAGCUUCUUAAGCCCGAAGAGUAACACGAGCAGCCUGAGCCAGGCACUAGCCACCAGCACCAGUACUACUACAGCGGUGCUGCCCGCGGCUACCACUAUCAAGAGCAGCUCUGGGCUAAGUAUACAGCAGAUUGGACUGCCGCAAAGUAUUGAGAUCUUCAGCGGAGGUCACAGACAUCCCAAAACCCUUAAUUUGGGCAGUGGCGCCAAUACAAUUACCAUUACCACCAACAACGUGCCAACGACAACAACCAUGAGCGCACUGACGGCUCUUAAGGGCGGCGGUAGCAUCAGUGGCGUCACUAGCAAUGCGGACUCCAAAGACUCGACGUUAAUUGAGUUACUUAAGCGUGGAACGCGCAUUGCCGUGGCCUCUAAGAAAACACAGCUACAGGCACAAAACAGUACAAAUCUGAUCUUAAGCAAUGUUGGCGGCUCGGAGCUCACAACCAUUAGCAGCAGUGUCCAGGCUGGUCGGCAGAUUAUCACCAACAACAAUCGCACCGUCAUCAUACCUUCUGAUGUGCACGUGGUGUCCACCAAGAGCAAGUUAAUUUCUAGCAACUCCCUCACAACCAACGACAGCAAUACAACUUGUUCUGCAAGCAGUAUAUCAUUGCCAGACGGGACUCCCCUCUCCCUGACCAUAACGCCCAGCCAGGAGAGUGUAGGUGUCGGUGAAGCAAACAGCAUAGCUGGUGGUGGGGGUGUUUACACUGUUACUUACACUUCCGAUGCGGAUGCAUCGGAUCUCUUCGAAGACGCUGAGGUGUACAAUGUAUCGGACACGGAAAUGCUACUGCAAACUGUGGAUACUAUGGAACUGCUCAACGAUGACGAGGACGAUGUGCACAAAAGCGAACAUUCCGAGGACUUUUCGCUGCUCAGUGAGGCCAGCGAUAAUGUUCACACACGGCUGGUCAAGCUGGAGCCCGAUCCUGUACACAGCAGCACAGCCAGCAGCCUCAAUAAAACGACGCCGUUGCCCACCUUUCAGCAAUUUCAUUCCAAAGAGAUUAUCAUGCAGAACAGUUCUCAAAUCCAGGCCAUCGCCAACAUGCGUGGAAACAGCACCCUAGGCUUGCUCUCGUCACCGUUGCAUUCGCCACUAGCCUACCCGACGCCACCCUCCAGCCACGAGAAUGUGGCUCAAUCUUCACCCUUUGUAGAGGAUGCUGCGGCUCAGUUUGUGGAUGCCAGUCACACGUUCUUUGGCGAUAAAACAGACUUCUCACACGUCUAUUUUAAAACAGACGAGAGCGAUUCCAUGCAGCAGCUCAGUGAUAAUGACAACGAGAAAAUACUUAAACUAAAGUCGGUGCUGGAAGAAAGCAGCUUCGAUCCAUCCAUUAAGGUGGAAGAUCUCUUGAACAGCACCGAGGACGAUGCCGAAUGCGACCUGCGGGAGUUUGCCGAGACGAAUCUCUCAUUUCUCGAUGAGGAUCAGGAGUUCCUAAAUGACUCACGAAAUGCUACCUCGCCUCUGUCUGAGUCCUUCUUCACCAGUGGCAUUGGAUCUGCAGAGGAUGUUAAGCAGGUGCUACGUGAGGUGCUGCCCGAUGAAAAUAUGCAACUGCAGCUAACUAGCGAGCAGCAGGGCGAGAACAUCAUUGAUCUUUACUAUUUACCGGGGCUGGGCCUGCAAUCCCAAAUGAUGCCUAACUCUGAUGAUCCACUUUUGUCCUCCUCACCAAGAGAAUUCGGUCAGCAGCGACAGGUUGUCCACACGACAACGUCUACGACAUCGACCACACAACCUAUCGAGCAGUUGCAGUCUACCACUCAGGAACAGCAAGAGCAACAUCAGCAGCAACAGCAGCAGCAACAGCAGCAGCAACAGCAGCAGAAACAGCAGCAGCAACAGCAGCAGCAACAGCAACAGCAACAGCAAUCUCAGCAACAGCAAGAGCAAAUGCAAUUGCCACAGCAAUCUGCAAUUCAAUCUGAACAACCAGAACAGCAGCAACAGACAGACUUUAUGCUCACCAACUUUACUCCCGUGUCCUGUCAAACACAGUACCUAGAUGCCACUCAGCAGUCGAUGAUGCUGCAGCCACUGAAUAGUUUGCUGCAGCCAAUACUUUAUGGCAGCAACAGCGCAUCCAACGAUAAACAAGCAUUUACCUCGAUGCUUAACUCGAAUGCCGGUCAGACAACUGAACUGGAUGCGAGCCUGCUCUUUGCCUGCGGCGACAGCAUCAAAAAUAACUGCAGCAAACCUAUGCUUGCCGCAUUACCUGCAGCAGUAGCUACACCAGUAGUCACAGCAACACCGAGCGUUUCCAAUCUACAGCCGCUGUCCAACCAAACUAAUUCCAUCUUAAAGCGUCGCCUGCGUUCAAAUGGAGCACAGGAUGUGCACAAGUUCUCGAAAUUCCAAACACUUUCCCCGCAUCGCUCAAAGCUACGCAAGCCUUCGCGGACACACUACACACCCGCGCCAAUUCUUAAUCCAGAUCGCAAGGGCACAGGACUCUAUUGCAAUGUGCGUAAGCAGCUCGGCCAAGGAAUGUUUGACGUCUUUGACGAUGACUUUGGCGAUCCUGUGGGGUUGGUUGAUUUCUGCGAUGAGUCCAAGGUGAAUCUUGGAUCCACUUAUCAAGCGCAGAUCCCAGCCUGCAAAUCGCCAGAAGAAUCAACCAAGGAAACAAUGAGUGCAGACCUACUUUGGGAUCCAAGCGUACAGAUAGACGAGAAGAUACUAAUGCGUUAUAUAGAUCUCAGCAAAUCUUCGGCCGUUCCCAUGGGUAGCCAUUCCGAAGAGGUAGCCCUUCAAACGCUGCUCGAGGCCAAAGGCAACUCAGCGGCGGCUGUGCUCACCCUGUUGCAAACGCAGUCCAGCGCAUUCCAAAUGAAAUGGACUGCCUAUGAGCUAGAGCAGUUUCUACGUGGUCUGGAGAAGCACGGGAAGGACUUUGGAAAAAUUGCCAGCGAGUUACUUACGAAGACUUCGGGCGAAUGCGUUCAAAUGUAUUAUUUUUGGAAAAAGCUAUGUGUGGACUACAAGGUUUCUCACCUAAAGAUGGAGCCAGUUCCUGCCAGCACCCCAAUAGUGGAACAGAAGCCCUACGUCUGCGAGAUUGCCGAUUGCUCGGCGAGCUUCACCUCAAAAGCAGCUCUGCAUGGUCAUGUUCGCAUACACGCUUAUGGCAGAAAUGCCAACAACAGUAAUAGCAACAACAACAACCAGCAUGCCACGGCAGUUAGUGCCAACAACAACCACACUUGCAACAAUAGCAGCAACAACAAUAGCAACAACGCAUGCGCAACCCAGACUAGUAGCCAUACCAAUCAAUGCAACAGUGCAACAACAACAAUCAUAACGCACGCCAAUGGCAAUAACUCCACCCUCAACAACAAUAUUAUCAGCAACAACAUUGCACCAGGCUCUUCCAUAAAUACUGCUCUGUUAUCAGCAGCAGCAGCAGCAGCAGCAGCAACAGGAACAGCAUCGACAGCAUCAAAAGACAGCAGCAACAGCAGCAAUUCCAAUACAGCCAAGGAGAGUGAAUUUCCCUGCAAGGUGUGCGGCAACGAAGUGUCACAGGUCGCAAAUAGGCGUUACUGAAAUCAACUCCUCACAAUAUCAGCCUCAGGGCGAUUAAAAUCGCUUGGGCCACGACGUCAAAGCCAAGGAGUCUUCAAUAAGGUCAAAAGCCGCAGUGCCCAUAUGAAAACGCAUCGAGUACAAGAAGCUGAACAAUCAUCCAAUUCCAAACAGCAAUCUAACAAUGGAACUCUGUCUGCAGUAGCAGUGGCAGUAGCAGCAUCAGCAGUACCAUCGGCUCCCUCUGCAGUAACAGUUCUGGCCACCGCAUCUUCUUAGAUAUGGAUAAAUAGCCAGGCACCAGCAUCGAUUGACAAUCGCGUAAAGCAAGCAGCAAGCAUUGUUUACCACUCUUAGAAUAUAAAGUUAGUCUACAGUCAGAAGUAAAGUAAAAUACAGACAUUUAUGAAAAAAUAACCAAGCUCAGAGUUAAAUGUGUAUUGUAAGUAAAUGAAUAUUGUAAUUUUGAUGUAUUUAGCAGUUAAAGGCAUUUUUCUAAUUCAUACUUUUCACAUGUUUUCUACACACUCUUCCUAUCUCACUACCUAUCUAUCUACCUAUAUAUCUUUCUGUCUCUGCUAGACAACUCUUGGGCUUGACACUAACAGAUAUAUGUAGAUCUGAGUCAUAGUCUAAUUUGUACAUAAAUUUAACCAACAGUGAAGCAAGUUCAAAUUGAAUUGUUAUUAACUAGUUAUUGUAGGCAAAUGCAAUAUUUGUGUUACACACUUAAAUAUACCUACCGUAUUUUUACAGUAGGCGUUUUUCUUGACUCUCGACUCGACUGUAGUUUUAACCUAAGUCCAAAUCAACGUUGAUUUAAUCUAGUAGCCCGUACGUACUGUUUAAUACAUGUUUUUCUACUUAAACUAGUUGCAUCCCAUUUUACAGAUACUUUUUUAUUGCGAUACGUGUUUAGCCAGUAAGAGUUACGACAUGUACAUGAUUGAGUACAUACAAAAGUAUAUAGCUUAUACGAUCAUUGUUGUUUUAGGUUUUAAGCUCCAAUUCAGCAAAUUCAAGCAGAAAACCUAAAACUUUUAUUGUACUUACACAUCUAAACUAUUGCUAUAUGUAAAGCAAAUAAAAAUUCUAGUGAAAUCAAGUGAUAUUGAGUGAGAUCAAAAACGAUUUUAGCUAAAAAGAAAACAAAGUGUAACUCAAAUUGAAACAUUUUAACUUUUACCGCCAUAUUGUAAAUAGAAACUACAUAUAUAGAAGAAAAAUGCAUGCAUAUAAGUAGAUAAAUAUAUUGUAAAUAUACUUAUAUACAUAGUAA